CUCACGUCUGUGGGCCUCCACACAACAGCUGUUCACAAAGAACUGUUGUCACCUCCCUCCUUCCUGCCCUCUUGAGAGUGGCAGAAAGAUGCAGGGGGCUGGUACAAGGCCACCAGCCCUUGGGGACAGAGGGUAGAAUGGCAGGAAAUGAACAGAAAAGUCAAUGCCUUUUAUAACAAGUCUCUCUCUCCUCCUCCUUCCACCAGGUACAUCGUGAUCUUCUUCCUCAUUGUCACCCAACUGGGCUUCUGUUGUGUGUACAUUGUGUUUCUGGCGGACAAUUUAAAACAGGUAGUAGAAGCUGUUAAUGGCACAACCAUCAGCUGCCACUACAACGAGACCAUAGAUCUGACACCCACCAUGGAUUCACGACUCUACAUGCUCGCCUUCCUGCCCAUUCUGGGGCUUCUGGUCUUCAUUUGGAACCUCCGUAUCCUUACCAUCUUCUCCAUGUUGGCCAACAUCAGCAUGUUUGUCAGCCUGGUCAUCAUUGCCCAGUACAUCAUCCAGGGAAUCCCAGACCCUAGCCAGUUGCCACUGGUAGCAAGCUGGAAGACCUACCCUCUCUUCUUUGGAACAGCCAUUUUCUCGUUUGAAAGCAUCGGCGUGGUGCUGCCUCUGGAAAACCAGAUGAAGGAUGCCCGCCGCUUCCCAACCAUUCUGUCUCUGGGGAUGUCCAUCAUCACCACCCUGUACAUUGCCAUCGGGACCUUGGGCUACCUGCGGUUUGGAGAUGACAUCAAAGCCAGCAUCACGCUUAACCUGCCCAACUGUUGGCUGUACCAGUCAGUCAAGCUCCUGUAUGUCGUCGGCAUCCUGUGUACCUACGCCCUGCAGUUCUACGUCCCUGCAGAAAUCAUCGUCCCCCUUGCUGUCUCCCAGGUGUCAAAGCGCUGGAAACUGCCCGUGGACCUGUCCAUCCGUCUCGCCAUGGUCUGCCUCACGUAUCUCAACAAGAGGAAUGAGAGGCAGCAACCAUUAUUCGCCACCCAAGAUGAGAGCAGGCAUGCUGGCCAUCCUCAUCCCACGCCUGGACCUGGUCAUCUCCCUGGUGGGCUCUGUAAGCAGCAGCGCCCUUGCCCUCAUCAUCCCGCCCCUGCUGGAGAUCGCCACCUACUACUCGGAGGGCAUGAGCCCCCUGACCAUCACCAAGGAUGCCCUCAUCAGCAUCCUGGGCUUCGUGGGCUUCGUGGUGGGGACCUACCAGGCCCUGGAUGAAUUGAUUGGGUCCGGGAACUCUCUCCCUUUCUCCAACUCCACUAUGUUUAUUCAGUGACAGAGCCUUCCCUCACCCACGGUGACUUAUGUGGUUUCACGUCACCUUUUCUCUGGUCCAAGACAUGAAAAAUUCGCCAGACACAAGGUGCAGCUGGUCAUUUAAGAAAAAAAGGACAAACCUUGGUCAUCCUCUGGUUUUCCACACAGUGGAGAGCUCUUCCGUGGAAGCUUUUUGGUCGGUUAUCUAAUUUCGUAUCUUGAGUGGAGCUAUGCAAAAAUCAGCCACUAGGGGGCAGCAAGGUCCAGCUUCUGGCAGAAGAAGCUCUCUUCCUGUUCAUUUAGUAAAUAGGUCACAUCCUUUUCCUGUCAGUGACUGGAAACACAGGAUGCUCACUCACCUCAGCAUCAAGAUAGAGGGGGCCAAGGUGAGUCCCAUGCUCAGGUAAAAAGGCACCAUCUGUGUUACAGAUAAGAGCGUUGAACUUUCUAAACCACUAAAGUUUUAGCCCAACUCAGAAACCCAGCAGGGGAAUAAGAAAAAAUCAGGGUCAAGCUGAUGAGCUAAGAGCACAAGCCAGCAGACAAAGACAACACUGGAGGAGGUUUUUAUGUCUGAAUUAUUGCAACUGCAAUAAACAUUCUCGAUUGCCUACUGGUCACCAGA